CGUAACAAUUGGAACGAAGUUGAUGAUAGUAUACUUCGUCUGAAAGUCACUGCCACUGUCAUCAUCUCAUCGAUCGAUUCAUCGAGGGAGAGAAGAAGAUGUGGGUGUUUUACCUGAUAUCUCUUCCCCUCACGGUGGCGAUGGUACUAUUCACGCUUAAGUACUUCGCCGCCCCUUCCGUACCUCUAUACGUUCUCUUCACCGUUGGAUACACUUGGUUCGUUUCUCUCUCCAUCAUCAUCCUCGUUCCCGCUGAUAUCUGGGUGACAAUAUCUUCCAAACUGGACAAUGGAGGCAUUUCUUUCUUUUGGAGCUGGUCAUAUUGGAGUACAUUUUUGCUUACUUGGGCCGUCGUGCCCCUUAUUCAGGGUUUUGAAGAUGCUGGCGACUUCACUGUAUCGGAAAGAUUGAAGACUAGUAUACAUGUUAACUUGGUCUUCUAUCUAAUUUUGGGAUCCAUUGGCUUUUUUGGACUUAUUCUUCUCAUUAUGAUGCACAGGCACUGGAGUGGAAGUAUUUUGGGAUUCGCCAUGGCUUGCUCAAAUACUUUCGGACUAGUUACUGGUGCAUUUCUUCUUGGAUUCGGUUUAAGUGAAAUUCCCAAAAACGUUUGGAGAAAUGCUGACUGGACCACCCGACAAAAAGUUCUUUCCCACAAAAUUGCUAAAAUGGCUGUUGAACUUGAUGAUGCUCAUCAAGAACUCUCAAAUGCUAUUGUUGUUGCUCAAGCCACUUCGAAGCACAUGUCCAGGCGUGAUCCUCUGAGACCUUACAUGGAUAUAAUUGAUGACAUUCUAACUCAAAUGUUUAGGGAAGAUCCAUCUUUCACACCACAAGGUGGCCGAUUAGGGGGAAGUGAUAUGGAUUAUGAUACUGAUGAGAAGUCAAUGGCAACAUUAAGACGUCAUCUACGGGGAGCUACCGAGGAGUACUACAGAUAUAAAAGCGAGUACAUGACUUAUGUACUAGAAGCCCUUGAAUUGGAAGAUACGACUAAGAAUUAUGAACGCCGCCACAUAACUGGAUGGAAAUAUAUGUCAAGCAUCAGACCUGCUCGAACUGGCAUGCUAGGGUCUUUAUUUGACACUUUAGAAUUUUUCUGGCGAUGCAUUUUGAGAAAACAAGUGGAAAAAGGGUUAGCUGUUUUACUUGGUAUCAUGUCUGUUGCAAUUCUUCUAGCAGAGGCAACUCUUCUACCAAGUGUUGAUCUAUCUCUUUUCUCCAUUCUUAUAAAAUCUGUUGGAACACAGGAGAUGCUUGUGCAGGCUUUUGCUUUUGUUCCACUCAUGUACAUGUGUAUUUGCACAUACUUCUCCCUGUUCAAAAUUGGAAGGCUAGUGUUUUAUUCUUUGACACCCAGACAGACCAGCUCAGUUAGCCUGCUUAUGAUAUGCUCUAUGAUUGCUCGCUAUGCUCCCCCUGUUUCAUACAACUUUCUCAAUCUCAUUCGCCUAGGGUCUCAUAAAACAACUAUAUUUGAACAGCGAAUGGGGAAUAUCGAUAAUGCUGUCCCUUUCUUUGGAGAUAAAUUUAACAAAAUCUUUCCACUUAUAAUGGUUAUAUACACCAUUUUGGUUGCAAGCAACUUCUUUGACAGGGUAUUUGAUUUUCUGGGGAGUUGGAGGAGGUAUAUUUUCAAAACUGAAGCCGAAGAUAUGGAUGGUUUCAAUCCAUCAGGGUUAAUUAUCUUGCAGAAAGAACGGUAUUGGCUUGAACAAGGGCGUAAAGUAGGCGAGCAAGUUGUUCCACUAGCAAGGAAUUUUAAUAGUACUGAUGUCGAAUCAAGCAACAAUAUUAUGGAGGAGAAUGGAGUUGAAAUGAAGGGAACUCCCAAAAUUAUGAAGGAAGAGACAAGGAGAUAUAGUUCGAGCAGGGAAGCGAUCAGCAGCAAGUAUGCUUCUGUCAGACAGCAGAGUGGACAAGCAUCUAAAUUGAAGGCAGAAGAGAGAAACUUAGACUCUGCUAAGGUUUCGUUGCUUGAUAAAGGCGAUACUCAUGGUAACACUUCUGGAACUUCUAGUUUAGGUUCAACAUGGCAAACAUUAAAGAAAGGCUUUACGAGUUUCAAGGCUGACAUCGGUGGUGCCAAAGGGUUUUUACCCAUUCGGCAAACACAGCAAGAUAGUAUCUCUCGUGUUCCCUCAUCCGAAUCCCUUGAUGAUAUAUUUCAAAGACUGAAAAAGCCUUCAACGGACCAAGCCUUUUACAACAACGGUUCUUCUCGAUGAUGUCGAUAGUUUGGGUAAGAAGUGGUAAUACUAUUUACAUACUAUCAUGUACAGUAGUAGAGAAAUCUUGCAUGGUUUCUUCUCUUUCCUUUUUGGUUGUUUAUAGCCCAGGUGCAAUGUAAAGAAGAAAAUAUAGUCUGCUAUACAAGAGUUAAUACAUGUUCCAAAUUAAUCACAUAAAUACAGUAUAUUCUCUACGAUGAGUAAUUCCCUUUAAAGAGUAAAGUAAGUAAUGUAAAAAUUCUCAACCAAAGAAGGAAUACUUCAAAUUGUACAAGACAGCAAAGCUGGUCUCAGAUAUGUUGUUUUGUAAUUUUUUGACCACUGUAGGUUUAAUAUACCUCUAGAAAAGAA